CGUGGUGUAUACUCGAGCACAGAAAUAGAGCGAUGAGAAAUUGAGUUACGAAGAAGAAAAAAGUAAAGCAGUUGUUAGCCCGAAAAUCAAUGAAACAGAAAAGAUAACACUGAGUUAGUUACCUUCUACUAUGACAUUUGCUUCCACAACCACCGCACUCACUCUCCGCCACCGUCAAACACCACUCUCUUACCCCAAAACCCGUUUUCCCCAACGAAACAGUGCUGUAGCAUUUUCCAGUUUCAGUAACCAAAUUGUUUCCAAAUUAAGCAUCCAAAAUGAAGACCUCCAAGUUCAAACACGCAUGUGGAAUUGGAAGGGUUACUUUAUUCGCUAUCAAUAUUCUGGAAACAACGGUCCUGCACUAGUUUUGGUGCAUGGUUUCGGAGCUAACAGUGACCACUGGAGGAAAAACAUUCCAGAUCUAGCGAAAUCCCACCGCGUAUACUCUAUUGAUCUUAUUGGUUAUGGAUAUUCAGAUAAACCGAAUCCUCGCCUGAUUGGUGAUGAUUCUUUCUAUACUUUUGAUACAUGGGCCGCGCAAUUAAACGAAUUUUGUCUUGAGGUUGUUAAGGAUAAAGCGUUCUUUAUAUGCAAUUCGAUUGGAGGAGUUGUAGGUCUUCAGGCAGCUAUAGCAGAACCACAAAUCUGCCGGGGGAUUGUUCUUCUCAAUAUAUCUCUGCGGAUGCUUCAUAUAAAGAAGCAGCCGUGGUUUGGUAGACCUUUCAUCAGCUCAUUUCAAAGAUUGCUUAGGGAUACUGCUGUAGGAAAAUUCUUCUUUAAAGUUGUUGCAACGAAAGAAUCUGUGAAGAACAUUCUUUGCCAGUGCUAUCAUGACACUUCCAAGGUGACUGAUGAGCUUGUGCAGUUCAUCCUUAGUCCAGGACUGGAACCUGGCGCUGCAGAGGUUUUUCUUGAGUUUAUUUGUUAUUCGGGUGGCCCUCUUCCAGAGGAACUGCUACCCCAAGUAAAGUGUCCAGUUUUGAUAGCUUGGGGUGACAAGGAUCCUUGGGAACCAAUUGAGAUGGGAAGAAAUUAUGGAAAUUUUGAUUCAGUAGAAGACUUCAUUGUCCUUCCAAAUGUUGGACAUUGCCCCCAGGAUGAAGCACCUCAGCUUGUGAACCCACUUGUUGAGUCAUUUGUGGCACGGCAUGCUAAAUCUUCAUCUCUUACCCCAUCAGUUGAUUGAUUCCCAGCCAGUAACUUUGCUGAUGCAAUUGGCACAUUGAAAUCGUGUACAUUUCUUCAUUUGCUUUCACCAAGAGUGGGUUUCAUCUUUUGUAUAGUACUAUAUACUUAAUGAAUUUUGAGAAAGUUGCUAUAUAUCAUUGAUGACAAAGAAAAGAGAGUAGAUGUAAACAAUUUAUUGUAUAUAAUUAAGCUUAUAUCUGAUUGGAUGAUGAGAAUGUCAUCAACAUAGAUUAGUGCAAAGAUGGUUAGGCUUUGAUGGGAAUAAAUGAAUAAGGAAUGAUCACACCUGCUAUGAGAGAAGCCAAACUGAAUUCGUGGGCAUUUUUAAUGCCCUCUUUCAGUUUUAUUGUUUAUAUUGCAUUUUUAAUAAUCUUUAAAAUAAUUGAUAACCUUCAACACCUUCUUUCAAUUUGGUUGUUUAUUGCAUUUUUAAUAGUUUUUAAAGCAAUUGGUGAAAAUUACAACUCGAUUCAUAAUAGUCAGUAAAGUGUAUGUGAAGUUACAGUGAGGUAACAAGUAGAUAGAAGUAGGACAGUCUCGUUGACUGAUAUCAUAUGAGGUUACUUCCACAUCAAUCAUAUAAAAUUAUAUAAUAAAGCUUAAACUAAAAUGUUUUUCAAUAAUGAUUUUAAUAAACAGCCGAGUUGUAAGCCAGGACAGUCUCAUUGACUUAUAUCAUAUGAGAUUACAUAUUUGACAUUAAGGGCCUGUUUGGAAUAAGAGAAAGAAAACAGGGGCGAAAGAGAAAUGAAGAAGAGAAAUGAAGAAGAGAGAUAAAAUUCUCGUGGGCCCCAUGUCUUUUGCAAUUCUCUCAUGCCUGAGAAGAAAGGAAAGGAAGAAAGAGUGAUUCCACUUUUACCCAUGUGAUUGAUAUCAAUUUUUAAUAAAGAAUAGACACAAUAAAAACCAGAAAUUUAUAGAUCAUGAAGAAGGUUGUGAUUUCUCAAGCAUGGAUAAAGAAUAUUAAUGUGUUUUUGGAAGAAAAUUUAAUAAAAUUUUUAAUAAAAUUAGCAUGUUGUGUUUCUGGACAACAUAAUUUUUAAUAAAAUUUAAAUGACUACAUAUCUAUUAGGAGGAGGA